UCAUUAUUAAUUUAUUAUCAUUGAUUUUCCUUUUCAAAAAAACUCAGAGAAUCUCUCAUGCCAUUCCUCCCUCACCAACACCCAUCAACGAUUCCUUCUCCAAAAUCCCUCCUUUCAAACUCCCAAUCAAUCUUCAACCCCUUUUUCCUCUGAAAAAUUCCGUUUUAGCCCCCAAAGAUGAAAAACUCCAGAAAAAAGAAGAAGCAAAAACCACCGAAGAACGUGGAAUCGAACAAAGAACCUUCCAAAGGGGAAGUUGAAAAAAACCGGGUUCUACAAUCGUUGGUUGAAGCUUUCUCUUUGUCUUCAAUCGAGGAAGCGGUGGUUGCAUACGACGUUGCGAACGGUGACUCAAACAAGGCUUCUGAGAUCUUAAGGAGGGGUUUGGUGGACAGUAUUGAAGACCCGUAUUUCUGUUCGUCGUCUUCUUCGUGGAGUGGCGGGAGCAGUAGCAAUGGGGUUUCUUCUGGGUUGGAUUUGGGUUCGACUUCGGGUUCUUCGGAUGGGUUUUUGGAGCAGAUUUGUAGGGAGGAUGUGGUGGGGUUUGAAGGGGUUAAGCAGAAGCAGAAACAGAAGCAGAAGAGGAUUGUUGCUGCUACGGGAACGGUUUCGACGAUUUUGGGGAAUGAGUAUGUGAGGAGAAAUAGUGGGAGGAAGAAGAGGAUUGGGAAUGAGGUUGUGGAUAAGGAUGAGGCGGAGCAGUUUCUUUAUUCCAUGCUUGGGAAUGAUUGUGAUCUUAAUUUGGCUGUUGUUAGAGAUGUUCUUUGUCAAUGUGGAUAUGAUGUUGAAAAGGCCUCAGAUAUAUUGCUUGACCUAGCUGCCAAUGAGAGAUCCAGUAAUGAUAGAAAUUCUAAUUUCAAAGUAGGCAACAACAUGAAUUACGCAAGAUUCCCUGUUGAUUAUGAUAAUGACAGUAUGAUAGAUAGGAGAUCAGAGUGCACUUCUCUUUCAUCGGAAGGUGACUUUUCUGAUAAUAUAUGGGGUCCGACAUCUUAUGGCAGGAAUUAUGCGGAGGUCCUCACUAGUUCUAAAGCUAAUUCUCAUAUUAGCCCAGGAUGUACAAAGUUUGAACUUCCUCAAAAGGUGUUAGAGUCCUUGUUUAACAUUCCCAAAAGCUCUGAACACGACAAAGGUACCAUGAAUUGGAGAAAUAUAGCAAAGAAAAUGCAGUCUUUGGGACCUGGUUUUGGUACUUGUCCAAAUGUUGCAGAACCUCAGCAGCGUGCUCACAUGCAUGAGCAGAGACUCCGACACGGUCACCGGAACACGACACAACAUGGACACUCCGACACCGAUAAUGUCAAAAACACAAGACACCGACACUGCUACACAUAUGCUACUAAAGGAGAGGAAUAUCAUGCAUUUAGGGAAGGUGCAAGACAGCAGUGGGAUUCUGUGAAAUGCUACUUCCAAAAAGCUGCAACAGCUUAUUCUAAUGGAGAGCGAGGAUAUGCCGCAUAUCUUUCUGAUCAGGGUAAAGAACAAACUAAAGUAGCUCAGAAAGCAGACACUAAGGCAAGCCAUGAUAUAUUUGUUGCUAGAAACAAGGGUAUAGAAAAUGUGAUAACUAUUGAUUUGCACGGACAGCACGUGAAACCAGCAAUGAGAAUGCUGAAACUCCACCUUCUAUUUGGAUCAUAUGUUCCUUCUGUUCAGAUGAUAAGGGUCAUCACAGGAUGUGGAUCACACGGUUUUGGAAAGUCCAAGCUGAAACAAUCGGUUACUAAACUUUUAGAUAAAGAGUCAAUUGAAUGGAGUGAAGAGAACCGAGGAACCGUGUUGAUCAAACUCAACGGAUGGAGAGAGUUCAGCUUUCUGGACACGGACAGUGAUAGUGAUAGCGAUUAAUUAAGCUUAUUGCAUAUAAGCUAAUUGCAGGUUUAUCAUCUGUUUGUACCAGUUUUAGACUAGUAACUUGGAAUUAAGAACUAAAUUAGAGAUGUGACAUUGACAUGUACAUAAGGUGCCUAUUUAGGCCAAGCUCUUUGUUGGUUGUAACUUGAAGCAACUUAGAUCUUGGCACAUUUAGGGUGUAUCAUAUCAUUAGAUCAUUUAACUCUAUUGUUUUAUUUAAGUUGUUUGGCCAAAACUGCAUCCUAAGAGUAGGCUAAUGACCUCAGAUACUAUAAGUGAUGUACAGAGAUGAAUAUGUAUUUUUUAAUUUUAAUUAUCAGAUUUUUUUUCAA